CAGAUGGUGCUGUAACUGCGUUCUAGCAGUGACGGGCGCGACCACAACCGGAUGAUUAGAAAGCUUACUUUGUUUGUCCUGUUUGUUUUGUGACGUUCAUCAGUUCUGAAGGAUUACGAUUACCUGGUUGAGCCUGACAAACAGUAGCACCGCGACAAGCACCUGCAGGUGAGAUACCCAGGUGUGAACAGCGUCCAGGGGAAGUAGAGUCGGAGCAGAAUAGGCACAGCCACUUGUGACUAGCUGCGCUCACUCAUGUGAAACCGACCAGCCAGGGGUCACAUUCUUGCCGAGGUCACGUCUACCUGUGAACAGUGAUGGCUGACAAGCAGAAACUGUGGCUGUGGAUUUUACCUGCUGUCCUGCUGAUAGCAACCAGGGGGCAGUCUGUUUCCUGGACGCAGUCAGCUGACAUGGAGAGCACAGAUUGUGACAAGAUAGGCCCAUACAUCCUGGACGACACUGACAUCAUGCAGGUGUAUGCAACCCCCCCACAGGUGCCCGGGGGGACAGCAACGCGAGACAAAUGCGUUAUUGAGGUCCGAACAGACCCCAAUCGCCGUCUUCGCAUCUACGUAACGGACAUCACCAUCUUUGACUGCGGAACGUUCUUGCAAAUCUUCGACAGCGGAACCCACAUGACCAAACCCACUCGGACUCUUAAGUGUAAGUCAGCCCCUGACAAAUUCGACUCCCGUGGAAAUGUAUUGAGGAUACGACUUGUGAAACAGUCUCCAUCAUCUAUCUACUUCCGCUACACCAUCUUUUUGACAACUGACCAAGGUCCUGACGUUGAAUUCGAACGCACCAUGUCGGACUUCAACAGUUCGCCGCUGUCAAUUGGCGCCAUUGUCGGUCUGAGUAUUGCCGGCGGCCUGCUGCUGCUUGCAGUCAUUGCCAUCGCCAUAUACUGUGUUGUGAAGCAACGCAAGAAGAACCUGGAGGCCGAAGCCCAGAAGUACCCCCCAGAGAACAAUGUCUACUCCACAGGUUCAUCCAAAGUGAUGUACCAGUCUCGCAAAGACCACCACAAAGACAACAAGGGGCCGUAUUCACGUAAUUAUGAGUCCAGUAGCACCGACAGUCAUAACAGUAGUUUAUCCUCCGGAGAUGGACAGGUAUUUGUGAACAUGAACCCUGAUCCGAAGGUAAAGGUCAGGGGUGGAGGUUACUCCAAUAAAGCGUUUGUGCCAUCUGAGGAUGGUGGCCAUGACAGAAGUCGUGACAGUACAGGAAGUGAGGACACUAGCGGAGGCUACGUCAAUGGUUCUUUUGAAAGUAGUGAUACUCCACAAAAAAGAAGAUUUUCCAAGCAUCAGGAAAACGGCAGUGCUGGAAGUUUGUCACGAAAUGGAAGGCGCGGGAGUGCCAGAAGCAAGUCGAACAAAAGACGAAAUAGUGCCAAUGAGGACAAGAAAGGCGGAUUAACGCGAGAAGGAAGUCGUCGAAGGUCAAGGUCGGGGAAUGGAUCAGGAUCAGGUCAUAGAGAUUCUGGUCGUCAAAGAUCACGGUCAAAUGGAGAACAUGGUGGAAGUCGAAGACGAUCCAGGUCAAGAUCACCUCAUAGUCAGAGUUCAAGUGCGUCAUUCGAUAAAGAGGGACGCAAUAGACAUUACAAUAUCAGCGACAUCUCACGGCGAACCCGAGAGAGCAGCAAUUCUUCAACUAGUAGUCGAGACAGUGGGGAUGAGCGUACAGUGUCUUAUGAUCCUAACCCUUCUUCACGAGGUCGCCGAAGUCGUCCAAGGACAAGGGAAGAUGACCUUGGAAGUCAAGUGUGAGCUUCUCGAUAAUGAAUGUGUAGCUUCACCAUAACAGCUCACUGUUGUGUAUCCGCAGAGCCUUGUCCAAAUAUAAAGAUAGAACACCCCCAUCCACCCGUGUUUCCAUGUGGGUAAUCCGAAGGUUCGUGACCCAAGAGACUAAGUCACUGGUGCUUCUUCAGUGCGGUCCCAGUCGCACCUCACCUAUCUAUCCACCUAACUUGCAUCCAUUCCAGAGUACGUACUCAGACAUGGUGUGCCCAGACUCGAAUAUCUCCAACGUGAAGCACUUCGAUAUUGGCAAAUGUGUUAUCAAAUGACCAUAUCAAAUCGAGUAUAUGCCAGAGCGAUAUAUAUGAUCGCCGUUCCACAUGAUGCCUUAUAUGUGCAAUUUACGCACUAAAACACACCCACACGUACUCCGAGAGAUAUAUAUCUAUCGUUGUACACACCAACUGAAUGGGACUACACCCAGACACAAAGUAACGUAGUUGUGCUUACGACUUUCCUUCCCUUCCUACACCAUUGUGAUUAUGGUGGAUCUUCCUCGAAAUUAUCUUGAAGGAUAGUGACGAAGAAAGAAUCAACGAAAGCUGCUGAGGUGGAUGUGUGUGUAUGUGGCAAUAUAAGCAUUAAUUCUGACAGUGGCCUACUUUGAUGUCAUUUCGAGUUCACCGGACAUGACAGGACAGCACUCCUCCCACCGUUCCCUUGCCACAUAACUUGCAUGUGUGUAUGACGGCAUACCUACUGACACAUGCUGAUUAUUGUAUUCUAUGCCCGUAUUUAGUCAGCUCUACUCAAUAAUGAAAAAGAAGAUCUUUGACAUUAAUUAGCAUUAUUAACUCGCCUUCGACCAUAACCAAUUUAUAUUUUUACUUCAUCGAAAUGGCUCUACGGAAUCAAUUGAUAUUUUGUAUGGAUGUUUCUUCAUAUAAGGGGCUUUUUAUUUGUGCAGUGUAUCAAUUUCAUUCUUGCCUCAGGGCAGCCAUUUUUCAUAUAUGAGAAGAACAGAUUCACAAAUCAACUCAAUAAGGACCUGAAGCCUUAAACGUAGUGGGUCAUAUGAACCCCAUAUAUAGUUCCUAGUUCGAAGCAUGUAUUGACAUUACCAAAUCUUUCUCGGAAACUUUCAGAUCGAGGAAGCUGUUUAUGUCACUUUGUGAUAACGUCAUAUUUAGUACAAAUCAUUGGCAUUUUACGUGUUCGGCGCGGAGUUCAGUCUGCAAAUGUGAAGACAUUGUAUAUCAUUAGACAACAUUCUUGCAAUGCACAAGUUAACUUCACACAAUAUUCUACAUAAGUAUGUUCGGAAUUGCAGAUUUCGGAACAUUUUGGAUAUAUAGAUACUUGUUUCAUGUUUACUAAUGCUUUGGUCGUCAGUGUUAAUCCAGAAAAUAUUUGAAAAGCAACAAGCGAGUCUUCAUUAACAUUCGAGCUAUUCUCUACUCAUCAAGGGGUGCUGAAGUUCUUCAGCACCAUUUUGUUUUCAACAAUAUAAUUUUGGUAAGAAUUAGUUUCAAACUAAAUUAGGUGAUGAGCUAUAUGCACAGUUUGUAUGAUUGUGUGUAUGAAUGUUCCCGGAAAUGCCCUUCGUUUCAUUACAUGUGAUUCGCAGUUGGCUUUGGGGACUUGAGCGUAAUCUAGAUUAAGGACUUUCUACACACUUGGGCCAUCUCUGGUCCAGAUACGGGCUCUUGUUAUAACCACAUUGAGUGAUUAUUGUCCAUGGGAAGCUGUACCGACUGCAGCAGCAUGUACACACAUGAUGUGUUAAAACACAUCGACCUUAGUGUCACAUACAAAUGACGGAUAAAGCUGUGAGCAUGGAUAGCAUUAAUCAAACCUCAGAAGGCUUUAACUGUACAGUGUUGUUGUGUUAUAGAUGCAUGUCAUUGACAGCUUCAAGUGCUUCACUACAUAUUCCUUGUGUUAUAUCGCUUCCUACGUUUAUGGAAAUUUUUAUUUCUACGUUGUCAACACUCUCUUAGUCAGAACCAAACUGAAUUCCUUCAAGAUACAUUUUAGUGAUAUUCAAACUCUUAGAAAAUAUAUUAAUAACUUGUUGAUUGUUUGUUAUAUAUUUUCCAUCUGGAAGGCAAACAAACGACCAGUCGUUUCUCGGCCUUGAUGAGUUGUUUUGAAACUUAUUUUAGUCCUUUUUCUAGAUUGUGUAACUUGAAACCUUGUUACUUUAAACGUCCUUGUUAUUGUAUUUAUUAUUUUCAGUUACAUUUUCAUGAUUGAUGAUGUGGACACUACCAAUAUGACAUUCUGUUUAAAACUGGUUCCUGUGAGCCUCUUUAGAAUGGUUUAUGUAUGUAUGUAUUGUUUAUGUAUGUUUUACCUGUUUCCAUGGGUAGAAUAAAAAACUUUAUGGAUAAUCAUACCAUCAAGAUAUGAUAUGCCCUACCCUAUUCAGAAAUGCCAAAUACAGAAUGGUAUUUCCUCAGUGGCUGUCUUGUUACCCUCUGUGACGACGAUGUGUGUAUGUCAGAGAGCACAACAAAUUUCCAAAUCUACCACAUCUAUACAUAAGGUACAAUAAGCAAGCUGCAAAACAGUCAUUCAUGACAUGGGUCAUUGAAUACCUAUUCUAUACGUAUCCUUAGUUCACAUGUAAAUUGUGUAAAUGAAUCAACAUAAUCCUUAAUAAACGUUUAUUAUGAUCUGUUUGAUUGACAUUUAGAAGUUGGUGACUAAUAAGAAUGUAAGAUUGUUUAUGGAUAACAACUUCUUUUAUUAUAUAUGAUGCGACGUUUCGGUAUGGAUUCUUAUACC